AGCCGCGCUCCAUCCUCGCUCUCCGCCGCCCGCCGCCCGCGCCCACACCAGACAGCAGCAUGGAGGAGGUGGUGAUCGCCGGCAUGUCUGGGAAGCUGCCCGAGUCGGAGAACAUGCAGGAGUUCUGGGCCAACCUCAUCGGUGGUGUGGACAUGGUGACAGACGAUGACCGGCGGUGGAAGGCCGGGCUCUAUGACUUGCCCAGGCGGGCUGGCAAGCUGAAGGACCUGUCCAAGUUCGAUGCCACGUUCUUCGGGGUCCAUGCCAAGCAGGCACACACGAUGGACCCCCAACUGCGCCUGCUGCUGGAGGUGGCCUAUGAGGCCAUUGUGGACGGAGGCAUCAACCCAGCCUCGCUCCGAGGGACGAGCACUGGUGUCUGGGUGGGCGUGAGCGGCUCGGAGGCCGCUGAGGCUCUGAGCCGGGACCCUGAGACGCUCGUGGGCUACAGCAUGGUGGGCUGCCAGCGAGCCAUGAUGGCCAACCGCCUCUCCUUCUUCUUCAACUUCAAAGGGCCCAGCAUGACGCUGGACACCGCCUGCUCCUCCAGCCUGAUGGCCCUGCACUGCGCCGCCCAGGCCAUCCGCAGCGGGGAGUGCCCUGCGGCCCUCGUGGGCGGCAUCAACAUCCUGCUCAAGCCCAACACCUCAGUGCAGUUCAUGAAGCUCGGCAUGCUCAGCCCCGAGGGCUCCUGCAAGUCCUUCGACGAGGCGGGGGAUGGGUACUGUCGUUCGGAGGCUGUGGUCGCCGUCCUGCUGACCACGAAGGCCCUGGCCCGGCGGGUGUACGCCACCAUCCUGAGCUCUGGCACCAACACUGACGGCUUCAAGGAGGAAGGCAUCACCUUCCCCUCUGGAGAGGCCCAGGAGCAGCUCAUACGCUCCCUGUACCAGCUGUCGGGGGUGUCCCCCGAGUCCCUGGAGUACGUCGAAGCCCAUGGCACAGGCACCAAGGUGGGCGACCCCCAGGAGCUGAACAGCAUCGACCACGCCCUGUGUGCCGCCCGCCGGGAACCCCUGCUGAUCGGGUCCACCAAGUCUAACAUGGGGCACCCCGAGCCUUCCUCGGGGCUGGCGGCACUGGCCAAGGUGCUGCUCUCCCUGGAGCACGGGGUCUGGGCCCCCAACCUGCACUUCCACAGCCCCAACUCCCAGAUCCCGGCGCUGCGCAGCGGGCGGCUGCAGGUGGUGGACCGGCCCCUGCCCGUGCGCGGGGGCCUCGUGGCCAUGAACUCCUUCGGCUUCGGCGGUUCCAACGUGCACCUCAUCCUUCAGCCCAACGUGCGCCCGCCCCCGGCCCCCGCCCCCCACGCCGCCCUGCCCCGCCUGCUGCUGGCCAGCGGGCGCACCCCCGAGGCCGUGCAGGGCCUGCUGGAGCAGGGCCAGCGGCACCGCCAGAACCUCGCCUUCGUGAGCAUGCUCAACGACAUCGCAGCCGCUCCUGUCGCUGCCAUGCCCUUCCGGGGCUGCGCCGUGCUGGGCGACGAGGACAGCGGCCAGGUGGUGCAGCCGGAGCCCGCUGGCCCGCGCCCACUCUGGUUCAUCUGCUCUGGGAUGGGCACACAGUGGCGUGGAAUGGGGCUCAGCCUCAUGCGCCUGGACGGCUUCCGAAAGUCCAUCCUGCGGUCUGAUGAGGUCUUGAAGCCCUUUGGCCUGCAGGUGUCAGACCUGCUGCUGAGCGAAGACGAGGCCACUUUUGACGACACCGUGCACGCCUUCGUGAGCCUGACAGCCAUCCAGAUUGCUCUCAUAGAUCUGCUGACCUCCAUGGGCCUGAAGCCAGAUGGCAUCAUUGGGCACUCGCUGGGUGAGGUGGCCUGCGGCUACGCCGACGACUGUCUCUCUCAGGAAGAGGCCGUCCUGACUGCCUACUGGAGAGGCCAGUGCAUCAAGGAGGCCAACCUCCCGCCAGGGGCCAUGGCGGCCGUGGGCCUGUCCUGGGAAGAGUGCAGGCAGCGCUGCCCCCCUGGUGUUGUGCCCGCAUGCCACAACUCUGAGGACACAGUGACCAUCUCGGGACCUCAGGCCUCCGUGUCUGAGUUCGUGGAGCAGCUGAAGCAGGAAGGUGUGUUUGCCAAGGAGGUGCGGACGGGCGGCCUGGCCUUCCACUCCUACUUCAUGGAGGGCAUCGCCCCCUCGCUGCUUCGGGCACUCAAGAAGGUGAUCCGGGAUCCUCGGCCGCGGUCCCCGCGCUGGCUCAGCACCUCCAUCCCAGAGGCCGAGUGGCAAGGCAGCCUGGCCCGCACGUCCUCGGCCGAGUACAGCGUCAACAACCUCGUGAGCCCCGUGCUGUUCCAGGAGGCUCUGUGGCGUGUGCCCGAGCACGCCGUGGUGCUGGAGAUCGCCCCCCACGCCCUGCUGCAGGCUGUCCUGAAGAGGGGCCUCAAGCCCAGUUGCACCAUUGUGCCGCUGAUGAAGAAGGGCCAUGCGGACAACCUACAGUUCUUCCUCAGCAACGUGGGCCGGCUGCACCUGGCAGGCAUUGACAUCAACCCCAACGGCCUGUUCCCGCCUGUGGAGUUUCCCGCUCCCCGAGGGACCCCUCUCAUCUCCCCCCACAUCAAGUGGGACCACAGCCAGACCUGGGACGUGCCUGCUGCCGAGGACUUCCCCCACGGCCUCAGCUGCUCGUCUGCCACCGUCUACAACAUUGACACCAGCCCCGAGUCCCCCAACCACUACCUGCUGGACCACUGCAUCGACGGCCGCGUCAUCUUCCCGGCCUCCGGCUACCUGUGCCUGGCCUGGAGGACACUGGCACGCACCCUGGACCAAAGCAUGGAGCACAUGCCCGUGGUGUUUGAGGACGUGGCGCUGUACCAGGCCACUAUCAUGCCCAAGACGGGGUCUGUGCAGCUGGAGCUGCGGCUCUUGGAGGCCUCCCACGCCUUCGAAGUCUCUCACAACGGCAGCCUGCUUGUGAGCGGGAAGGUGUACCAGUGGGAGGACCCAGACCCCAAGCUCUUCGACUACUGGGAAGGCCUGGACACUGCCGACCCCGCCGAUGCUGCCGACCCCGCCGACCCCUUGGCCGCGUUCCAUCUGACCCAGUCCGAGGUGUACAAGGAGCUGCGGCUGUGGGGCUUUGACUACGGCCCAAACUUCCAGAGCAUCUUUCAGACCAACCUCAAAGGCAGCAAAGGCCAGCUGCUGUGGCAGGACAACUGGGUGACCUUCCUGGACGGCAUGCUGCAGAUGUGCAUCAUCAACUACAACGCCCACAGCCUGCGCCUGCCCACCCGCAUUGGCACCAUCCACAUCGACCCUGCCUCCCACCGGCAGAAGGCGUACGCAGUGCCGGGCGAGGCCCAAGUGGUCGACGUGACGGUGAGCAGCUGUCUGAACAGCGCGGUGGCGGGGGGCGUCCUGAUGUCCAGACAGCACAGCUCGGCAGCCCCGCGCCGGCAGCAGGACCAGUUGGCACCUGUCCUGGAGAAGUUCUGCUUCACGCCGCACGUGGAGGGCCGGUGCCUGGCGGGGAACGCGGCCCUGGAGGAGGAGCUGCAGCUGUGCUGCGGGUUGGCAAAGGUGCUACAGAGCAAGGUGGCCCGACAGGGGCUGAAGAUGGUGGUGCCUGGGCUGGAUGGGGCCCAGGCUCCCCAGAAACUGCCGCAGCAGGGCCUGGCUCAGCUGCUGGCUUCCAUAUGCCAGCUGGAUGGGAACCUGCAGCUGGAGCUGGGCCAGGUUCUGGUCCGUGAGAGGCCCCUGCUGCAUGGCGACCCUCUGCUCAACGGCCUCCUCGACUCCCCGGCGCUCAAGGCCUGUGUGGACACUGCCCUGGAGAACACAGCCAGCCUCCGGAUGAAGGUGGUGGAGGUGCUGGCUGGCGAUGGCCACCUGUACUCCCGCAUCCCCGCACUGCUCAACAUCCAGCCCAUGCUGCAGCUGGACUACACGGCCACUGACCGCUACCCUCAGGCCCUGGAGUUUGCCCAGGCCAAACUGCAGCAGCAUGGCGUGGUCCAGGGCCAGUGGGAUCCCACAGGUCCUGCCCCCAGCAGCCUGGGUGCUGCUGACCUCCUGGUGUGCAACUGUGCGGUGGCCACCCUCAGGGACCCGGCCACGGCCCUCUGCAACAUGGCAGCUGCCGUCAAGGAGGGGGGCUUCCUGCUGCUGCACACCCUGCUCAGGGGGCACCCCUUGGGGGAGAUAGUCUCCUUCCUGACCUGCCCUGAGCCGCAGCCAGGCAGGCUGGGCCUCCUGAGCCAGGACGAGUGGGUGAGCCUGUUUGCUGGGGUGCCCUUGCACCUAGUGGCUGUGAAGAGGUCCUUCUACGGCUCUGUGCUCUUCCUGUGCCGCCGGCCAGCCCCGCAGGGCAGCCCCAUCUUCCUGCCCGUGGAGGACACCAGCUUCCAGUGGGUGGACUCCCUCAAGAACAUUCUGGCUGACUCCUCUUCCCGGCCUGUGUGGCUGACAGCAGUCAGCGGCACCUCGGGCAUCGUGGGCAUGGUCAACUGUCUCCGCAAAGAGCCCGGCGGCCAUCGGGUCCGGUGCAUCCUGGUGUCCAACCUCAGCAGCACGUCCCCCGUCCCCAAGGUGGACCCAGGUUCCGCAGAGCUGCAGGAGGUGCUGCAGGGGGACCUGGUGAUGAACGUCUACCGCGACGGGGCCUGGGGGGCUUUCCGCCACUUCCCACUGGAGCAUGACCAGCCGGAGCAGCAGACAGAGCACGCUUUCAUAAACGUUCUCACUCGAGGGGACCUCUCCUCCAUCCGCUGGGUCUGUUCCCCGCUGCGCCACGUCUCAGUUGCCAGCCCUGGUACCCAGCUCUGUACCGUCUACUACGCCUCCCUGAAUUUCCGGGACAUCAUGCUGGCCACGGGCAAGCUGUCCCCUGACGCCAUCCCAGGGAAGUGGGCGUCCCGAGACUGCCUGCUGGGCAUGGAGUUCUCUGGCCGAGACGCCAGCGGCAGACGUGUGAUGGGGCUGGUGCCCGCAGAAGGCCUGGCCACCUCCGUGCUGCUGUCCCAGGACUAUCUGUGGGACGUGCCCUCCACCUGGACCCUGAAGGAGGCGGCCUCAGUGCCCGUCGUCUACACCACCGCCUACUACGCACUGGUGGUACGAGGGCGCCUGCAGCGCGGGGAGACGGUGCUCAUCCACUCGGGCUCAGGCGGCGUGGGCCAGGCUGCCAUCGCCAUCGCCCUCAGCCUGGACUGCCGCGUCUUCACCACCGUCGGCUCAGCCGAGAAGCGGGCAUACCUCCAGGCCAGGUUCCCCCAGCUCAGUGACACCAGCUUUGCGAACUCCCGGGACACAUCCUUUGAGCAGCACGUGCUUCUGCACACAGCUGGGAAGGGUGUGGACCUGGUCCUGAACUCCCUGUCGGAGGAGAAGCUGCAGGCCAGCGUGCGCUGCCUGGCCCAGCACGGCCGCUUCCUGGAAAUCGGCAAAUUCGACCUUUUCAACAACCACCCGCUGGGCAUGGCCGUCUUCCUGAAGAACGUGACCUUCCACGGGAUCCUGCUGGACUCGCUCUUCGAAGAGUCCAGCACUGACUGGCGGGAGGUGGCAGCACUGCUGCAGGCGGGCGUCCAGGCGGGCGUGGUGCGGCCCCUCCAGUGCACCGUGUUCCCCAAGGACCAGGUGGAGAACGCCUUCCGCUUCAUGGCGCAGGGGAAGCACAUCGGCAAAGUGGUGGUGCAGGUGCACGAGGAGGAGCAGGAGGCCGUGCUGCAGGGGCCCCGGCCCACCUUGACGGCCAUAUCCAGGACCUUCUUCCCGGCCCGUAAGAGCUACGUCAUCGCCGGGGGCCUGGGCGGCUUCGGCCUUGAGCUGGCUCAGUGGCUCGUCUCGCGAGGGGCCCAGAAGCUGGUGUUGACGUCCCGCUCCGGCAUCCGCACAGGCUACCAGGCCAAGCAGGUCCGAGAGUGGAGGCACCAGGGUAUACAAGUGCUAGUGUCCACCAGCAACGUCGGUGCUCUGGACGGGGCCCGGGCCCUCAUCGCCGAGGCCGCCCAGCUUGGGCCUGUCGGAGGCGUCUUCAACCUGGCCAUGGUGCUAAGAGAUGCUAUGUUGGAGAACCAGACUCCCGAAUUCUUCCAGGAGGUCAACAAGCCCAAGUACAGCGGCACCCUGAACCUGGACAGGGUGACCCGAGAGGCGUGCCCCGAGCUGGACUACUUUGUGGCCUUCUCCUCGGUGAGCUGCGGGCGUGGCAACGCUGGCCAGACCAACUACGGCUUCGCCAACUCCUCCAUGGAGCGCAUCUGCGAGAAGCGCAGGCAGGACGGCCUCCCAGGCCUGGCUGUGCAGUGGGGCUCCAUCGGGGACGUGGGUGUCAUCUUGGAGACCAUGGGCAGCAACGAGACGGUCGUCGGCGGGACGCUGCCCCAGCGCAUCAUCUCCUGCCUGGAAGUGCUGGACGUCUUCCUGAACCAGCCGCACCCCGUGCUGAGCAGCUUUGUGUUGGCUGACAAGGCGGCCGCCGUGCGCAGUGACGGUGACGGCCAGCAGGACCUGGUGAAGGUCGUGGCUCACAUCCUGGGCAUCCGAGACUUGGCUUCUGUCAAACUGGACAGCUCGCUGGGGGACCUGGGCCUGGACUCACUCAUGGGCGUGGAGGUGCGCCAGGCGCUGGAGCGGGAGCACGACCUGAUACUGUCCAUGCGGGAAAUCCAGCAGCUGACGCUCCGCAAGCUGCAGGAACUCUCGGUGCAGGCCAGCUCGGCCAAAGAGCUGGCAGCCCCCACACCCAAGGAGGACAGCCCUGCCCGGCAGCAGGCCCUACUGAACCUGAGCACCCUGUUGGUGAACCCCGAGGACCCAGUCUUGACGCGGCUCAACUCUGUGCAGAGCUCUGAGCGGCCCCUGUUCCUGGUGCACCCCAUCGAGGGCUCCACGACUGUGUUCCACAGCCUGGCCACCAAGCUCAGCAUCCCCACCUAUGGUCUGCAGUGCACCCAGGCCGUGCCCCUGGACAGCAUCCAGAGCCUGGCUGCCUACUACAUCCGGUGCAUCAAGCAGGUGCAGCCGGAGGGUCCCUACCGCAUCGCUGGCUACUCCUACGGGGCCUGCGUGGCCUUCGAGAUGUGCUCGCAGCUGCAGGCGCAGCAGAGCCCUGCCUCCGCGCACAACAGUCUCUUCCUGUUCGACGGCUCCCACACCUACGUGCUGGCCUACACGCAGAAUUACCGCGUCCGUGCGAAGCUGACGCCCGGCUGCGAGGCGGAGGCUGAGACCGCGGCCCUGUGCUUCUUCGUGCAGCAGUUCACAGACGCCGAGCACAGCAGGGUGCUGGAGGCACUGCUGCCGCUCCCCAGCCUGGAGGAGCGCGUGGUGGCCGCUGUGGACCUGAUCGCGCAGACCCACUCGGGGCUGGACCGCCCUGCGCUCACCUUCGCAGCUCGCUCCUUCUACCAGAAGCUGCGCGCAGCUGAGCAGUACACACCUCGGGCCACCUACCAUGGCAACGUGACGCUGCUCCGAACCAAGACGGGUGGCGCCUAUGGCGAGGACCUUGGUGCCGACUACAACCUGUCCCAGGUGUGUGACGGCAAGGUGUCUGUGCACAUCGUCGAGGGUGACCACCGCACCCUGCUGGAGGGCAGCGGCCUCGAGGCCAUCCUUGGCAUCAUCCACAGCUCCUUGGCCGAGCCGCGCGUUAGCGUGCGGGAGGGCUAGCCUGUGCCCACCGUCCCUGGGCUGGGAGGUCCUGCCGGUGGGGCCCCAGCCUGUACCCUGAGCCACUGCCCGGGGUGGCCACUAGAAGUAGGACUGGUGCCUGACCCACCCCUGGGCACCUUCCGCGUGGCCACCUUGGCUGCCACCUCCCACACGGGUGCGGGGCCGGGACCCGCGCCGCCGACUUGGAGACCUCCCUGGUCUGUGAAGAGUCGGCCAAGCCCGGCGCAGCCCGAGCCCGGAACCACGCGGUCUGCACAGGGCAUGCGCGGUCUCCACUUGGGUUCUAUUUAUUGCAUCGCUGGGGAGCUGCCAGGGCCGUCCCUGGUGCUGCCGGGGCUGCCUGGGCCUGGCCAGCCAUGACGCAGCGGGCAGUGGGGCGCCGGGCACCCCCUCUGUUCUCUGUUAGCUUUUUUCAAGAAACAUGAUUCACGUUGCUGCUCAGAUUUUGAAACUUACUAUACCUGUCAGU